AUCAUCAUUCCACACUCAACGGUAACGAUUCCUUUCGCGCAGUCAAAGGACACUCGUUGGAAUAUACACGAAAAAAAUAAUAAUUCUAGAAAAAAGAAUACAACAACAACAAAUCCCUCUAACCAAAAUCAGAACAAUAACAUUACACAAAUACAAUCCACAUCCAUCAUCACCACCACGUCACCAAAAAAAAUUAUACCAUCAUCGCCAAAUACUUCAACUUCAACCAUUUAUCGACAGGACUCUACUACAUCGCCUGGCAGCAGCAGCAGCAGCCACCGAUCGAUCAUUGAUUAUCGUCGUAAUCCAUCAAAGACUGCAAUUACGGCUAAUUACAGAAGUAGUGACGAUACCUCCUUUUUGACAUCAAAAACUAAAACUUUUAAAACCUCACCCUCCUCUUCCUCUGAUCGUAUUUUUGGUACACAAUUUCCAAAAACCAUAAAUAUUGAUCCAUUAAUAAGUCCCGUUUCGCCGUCGUCGUCUGCCACGCUAACGACGGCAAUCGAAAAUAAUUUCAAGCAAGCAACAUUGCUAAACAGUGGUAGCCAAUUGUUAACGGCCAGUGAGACUUUUCAAAAUUUAAAAAAUUUAGUUAAAAUCGAUACAAAGCCUACAAAUACCAAUAAUAACAACGGCAAUAACACUCAUAACAACAACAAACAGUAUUUGAAUUUUAAUCGUCAAUUACAACAAUCAUCUUCGGUAAAUUCAAUUGGUGGUAACACUAAACAGAAUAACGGUAAUAGUAGCAUCGUCGGCAGUGGCAGCAGCAACUCUGCGAACUUUUCAACCAACUAUAAUAAAAAUUUCGCCAAAAUUCGUCAACACGAUUCAGACGCUUUAAGCCCUCGACCACGACGGCCGUAUCAGAACGAUUCGUCGUCGCGUUACUAUAAUAAAAAUAGUGACGUCAAUGGUCAAGGCCGUUCAAUAAUUGGCGAGCAAACAACCCGUAGCGUUACCUCUGCUGGUGGUGGUAACGGAGGCGAGGGAGGCGGCGGUGGUGGCACUGCUACUAGACGUUCAUACCAAUCGAAUAACUAUCAGCAGCAAUCUGAAUCUUCUUCUUAUUCGUCAUCGUCCUACAAUAACAACAGAAAUUCAAACGAUUACAACAAUAGAAGCGGUGGGGACAACAAUAGCAACUCCUACAAUGGAGGACUAGGUGGUGGUAGAUCAUCUCAAAGAUCGAAUUCCCCAUACGGUGGUAACAGCAGCAGCGGCGGAUAUCGUCAAUCGAAUCGUUAUGAUAAUAAUAGCUCGUCCGGUGGUCGACAUUAUGGUGGUGGCGGAGGCAGCAGCAGCAACAAUGCCUCAACAAAUGGAAAUGAUUCUUCAACAAAAGAUGGUGGUUACCAAUCUAAUUCGUACAACAGCAACUAUUCCAAUUCCAACUCGUAUUCUUCAUCUUCUGGCGGCGGUGGCAAUGUAAGUGGCAGUAGUGGCAACCGUAAUAACAACUAUCGCAACGAUCGCAAUUCAGACUAUAGUGGUCGCAGCAGUAAUAACGAUUUUGACGAUUCACGUUCAUUAAAUUCACGUUAUAACAACAAUAGUAAUUAUAAUAGAAAUUAUAAUAAUUACAAUAAUAGUGGUUACAACAAUAAUAGCAAUAGUAAUAGUCUCGAUCGACGUUAUUAUAAUAAACAACAAGGAGGUGGUGGUGGAGAAGACCAACAACAACAACAGCAACAACAACAACAACGUGGCGGCAGUUACAAUAGCCGACCAUCUAAUAACUCGUCUUCAUCAACAACAGCUGCAGCUGGCGGUGGUGGAGAAUCAUCAUAUUUAGUUGAUUCAUCGUCAUCUUCAUCGUCUUCGACAACAACACCUGUUUCAGCUUCAUCAUACAAUCGUGGCAAUAACAAUUAUAAUAAGAAUGCUAGCGGAAGUGGAAAUUUGACAACCGGAGGAGGAGGUGGAUCAUCGCCAACAGCAUCUAUUGCUGGAGCUGGCAACUCAUCGUCAUCACGUGCAAUUUCACCAGCUACACCAGCACCGCCAUCAUCUGGACGUUGGGUACCACCAUCGCUAAGGCCACAACAUUUGCUUUCACAAAAUGAAAAGAAUGAUGCUGUUUUUAGAAGGGUUCGUGGUAUUCUCAAUAAGCUUACACCAGAAAAAUUCCAAGAGCUAAGCGAUGAUUUAUUAAAAUUAGAUUUAAAUUCAGCAAAUAUUUUGAAUGGUGUUAUAUUGCUUAUAUUCGAUAAAGCCCUCGAUGAGCCAAAAUACUCGUCUAUGUAUGCACAAUUAUGCAAACGACUAUCCAAAGAAGCGCCAAAUUUUGAAGAAAAUUCAAGCGAUCCAUGCACAUUCUUGCGUUUACUUUUAGCCAUUUGCCGUGACAGUUUUAAUAAUCGUUUAAAACCGACUGAAUUAAUAAGCGAUAAUAAUGCCAGCGAUAAUGCUACAGGCAGCGCCAGCAACACUAACUCAUCAUCAAACAAUGAAACAACCGAAAAACAUCAACUCACCCAAGAGGAGGAGGAGAAACGCCAUUUGGCCAAACAGCGAAUGCUCGGUAAUGUUAAGUUUAUCGGCGAACUCAAUAAAUUGGAAAUGCUUUCGAAGAAAAUUCUACAUCAAUGCAUACAGCACUUGUUGGACAAAAAGAAAAAACGCACCACCACCCAGCAGGAGAUGUGCGAAGAUAUGGAAUGUUUAUCCCAGUUACUUAGAACUUGCGGAAAGAAUUUGGAUAAUACAGAACAGGGCAAAGACAUGAUGAAUCUUUACUUUGAGAGACUGGAACGACGAUCUAUAUCGACUGAGUAUCCUCCAAGAAUUCGCUUCAUGCUGAAGGAUGUCAUCGAAUUGCGUGCUAAUAAUUGGGUACCUCGCAAAGUGGCUACCACUGAGGGUCCUGUACCAAUUAAACAAAUUCGAACCGACGACGAUACGCCUAUCCGAACGCCAUACGCUAAUCGCAAUCGUGAUAUGCGCAAUAACGAUCGUGAUAAUGACAAUUGGAUGAAUCGAUUCCCAUUGAAUCUUCAACCUGGCUUCAAUGAUAUGUUUGGCAGUUUAAGUGUCAGUGGAUCAUCUCCAAUAAUGUCACCUGGCUAUAAUAACAAUCGCCAAUACAACAAUCAAAGAAACAAUCAAAACAACCAUCACAACAAUUAUAAUAAUCGCUACAACAAACACAACAAUGGACAGCAUAAUAACAAUGGUGGACAGCAUAAUAAUAACAUGCACAACAACCAAUCAUCACAGUAUAACCAAAUGUUAAACAACAAAGAGUUAGCGCCACGUUUCAAGAGCAAGUUGAUGUCGGCCAAUCAAGAUGCGGUCGAGAACUUGCAAAUGCGACCGGCUGCCAACAGUUUGUUGUUUAAGGUUGCUGUCCAAAAUACUAAGCAACCACCAAUGCUACCGAUGUCAUCAUUGCCACCACAAAGCGGUGGAGGCAAUGGUCAACAGACUGGUAAUUCGUCGGCGUCCUCAUCGACGUCACAAUUAUCAGCAAAUCACUAUCCUUUGUUGGCAACACCAGCAUCGUUGAACCAAAAUCGACCAAGCUCAACACCAUCGAGCGAAUAUCAAUACUCGGCUGAGUCUGAUUCAGCAAAGCCUGCACCAACGAUUACAGAGAAGGUACUAAAAUCGAUUGCGUCAUCGCCAAACUUUAGUACUGCGGCUAAUUCAGGCAGCAAUGAUGAUAUCAGUGCUCAAUCAAGCUCCCAAUCGAACAAGAAAUCAAACACUGAUGGAGCAGAAGGCAAUUCCAAUAAACAAGGUCCAUCUGAUAAGAACUCUGGACCAGCGCCAUCUAGUGGAGCUACCAAGCAAGCUAAGAAGGACAAAGCAUUCAAUAAAGAUGAAGUUCUCAAACGAACAAGUGGUUUCUUCAAAGAAAACUUCUACACCAACGACAAGGAAAUGAGUGACUUGAUUGAGGAAUUUGUUCAACUGAAGGUUCCAGAAAAGUGCAUGAAAGAUGUGUGCAUCAAUUUGAUAAUGGACGUGUUGGACAAAUCAGAUCAGUACUUUGAUCGUUUGAUUGAAUUCCUUCAAUCAUUGCGCAAACAAUCGCUCAUCAAGGCAAAUGUAGUGCUUGAAGUUUUCAAGCAAGUCGUUAAUCGAAUGAAUGAACGUGAAGUUAUUAUUCCACGAAUUGCUACUUUGGUUGCAUGUUUGUUGUCCAAGGCAGUUGCUAGUGCAAAUUUGUUGAAAUUAACCGAAGUUGCUGCUUUCACUGAGAAUGGCCAACAUUAUCCAUUGUUUUUGUUGGUGCUUCAACAAUUGCAUAAAUCUCUUGGUCGUGAUACCUUGGAGGAGAUGUUUAGAGAAAGCAAAAUCGAUCUGAUGAAGAGUCUUCCCGAAACUGAUCGCAAUAAGACUCGUUUGGCUGAGAUUUUGGACGAUCGUUCGUUGGCAUUCUUGUAUCCGCUGUUGAAGGUACAAGCAGAGAUGUUGAAGCAAUUGCAAACUGAUGCAAAUCCACAGGCAUUCUACAAAUGGAUUAAGACUACUGUUGAUGCUAAAUAUUACAAAGAUCCUGGAUUUAUUACAGCUCUAAUGACCGUCAUAUUGAAAUAUAUUACAGAGGAAACAAAACUUGCAUCAUCAACAGAUACAAAGAGGAAUCCAGAAAAAUCAAUGAUUGAAAAGGAAGAGACUCUAUUACACAAAUACUGCCAAAUAUUGGAGACUUUCCUGAAUGGAAACAUCGAUCUACAAUUAAUUGCCCUCUAUGCUUUACAAAUGUUUUGUUAUAAUGCAAAUUUCCCUAAAGGUAUGUUAUGCCGUUGGUUUAAAAAUCUCUAUGAAGCAAGUGUUAUAGAGGAAGAAGCAUUCUUGCUAUGGAAAGAAGAGAUCUCAGACAAGUAUCCAGGAAAAGGAACUGCACUGUUCCAGGUGAACAAUUGGCUUACUUGGCUCGAAGAAGCUGAGUCUGAAGAUGAAGAAGAUUAAAAACAAAUAAUACAAACAAAAAUAAAAAACAAUUUCUAACUAUAUAUCAGUUAUAUUGGAUACAAUUCUAUUAAAACAAAUAAUAAUAUAUACAAAAACAAACAAAACAACAAAAAAAUAUAAACAAAAAAAAAAACGAUUAAAAAUUCAAUUAAAUUUCAUAUAAAAAAAUGAAAAAUUUUCUAUAAAAAAGCAAAAAAAAAAAAACUUGCAAGGUCAAGAAAAUAAAAUUUUAAAUUAUUUAUACAUUUCUAAAUUCAAAAUAAUACAUAAAUUAAACAAUUUAUUUCAGACAAAAAAAAAUAAAAAAAAAUAUAAUUAUUGAUUUCUAUUUAUUUCCUUAAAUUCGUUUCUCAAUUUUUCUCUCUUUCUGUUUUUGUAAGUAAUUUUUUUUUUUCGUUCUAUUUUUAUAAACAUUUAUUAUUUAAUAUAUAUAUUUAAAAAAAAUGUGCAAACAUAUUUGUCUCUGUUUUAAUUUUUUUCUUUUUUUUUUAAUAAUGUUUAAAAUUUUCUUCUAUUCUAUCGAAUAGUAUUUCUAUAUUGCGAAUUUUGUUAAAAUAUUUUAAAAUGAAAUCAAUUAUGUUAAUGCAAAAACAAAAAAAAAAAAAAUAUGAAACAACAAACAAACAAAAAAUUAAUCAACUUAUUUAUCACAAAGUUAAAUUCAAACAAAACAAAAAAAAAAAGAAAACAUACAAAAAAAAAUAUAAUAAUCAUAAGAAAACAAAAAAAAAUAUAUACAAAAAAUAAUUAUGUAGACAUUUUCGUUUAUUUCUCUGUCCGUGUAUCUCUCUGCUCGUAUUUAUUUCUUGAGAAAUAAUUCAAUUUCUCAAGAUUAAUAUAAAAGAAAACAAACAAAAAAUCAUUAUAAACAAAAUUCAAUAUUCAAAAAUAAUGCAUGUUUAGAUGGAAGUCAUUUAAAAACAAACAAAAUAAUCAACUGAGUUUUUCAUUCAAGUGUAGUUUACAAAAAAUAAAAAAAAAUAUCAAAACAAACAAGUAAAAAAAAAACAUUUAAAAUCAAUGAAGUCCAAAAAAACUUAACUUAACGAUUUUAGUUGUUUUUAUCAACAAAUAUUCUUGAUUAGUAUUUCUAAAUGAACUGGAAUUGUUUCAUUAACACGCUUUUUAUGAAAUCUUGCUUUUCGUUAUUUGAUUUUGCCGAAUCGAUUGGGAUUCAAAUAACAAAUUUUUUGAAUUGUGAGAUCUCAUUAUAGUACCCAACCCGAACAAAAUUUACACAAUGAAUUUGAAAUACAAAAGUAAAA